ACUGACAUUACUAUAUCGAAAGACUAUAUUUGAUAUUAUAAUAAGAAUAUUAUAUUAUUUAUACAAUUAUAUUUAAAAAGCAACAAAAUGAUGUUUAUGAGGAAAGAGGAACCGCCGCUAUCGCUUUGGGAUAAAGUUAAGAUCCAUUUUGCUGUCCAUUGGCGAGGAAUAAUCACAUUUCUUACACCACUAAUACUUUCGCCGAUAUUGUUUUUGUCUUCACCACCCAAGCAAUAUCACUACGUCGCAUAUUGUCUAUGCUUGAUGGCUGUCUAUUGGGUGUCUGAAUGUAUUCCAUUGGUGGUUACUUCAUUUCUGCCCAUUAUAAUACUGCCAUUAACUGAUGUGUUAACUACAUCUGAAGUUUGUGCAUACUAUAUAAAUGAUGCGCUGCUUAUGUUCAUAGGGAGUCUGAUUCUAGCUGCUGCAGUAGAACAGUCAGGUCUCCACAAAAGAUUGGCUUAUGCUGCGAUAAGAUUCAUUGGCUAUUCCCAUAUAAGGCUUUUAUCUGCAAUAAGUAUUGUAACGUGUUUCGUGUCAAUGUGGAUAACAAAUGCUGCAGCCACAACUAUGAUGGUUCCGAUUACAUUUGCUAUACUCAGGGUAUUUGAAAAGCAAAAGCUGGUGACAAUAUAUGAAAAGGAUUUAGAUGGUAACCCAUUGGCUAGUGAUAUCACGACUUGCUAUUUCUGCGCGGCUUCGUUUUCCGCCACCAUUGGUGGUAUUGGGACUUUAGUUGGAACUGCAACAAAUUUGGCAUUUAAGGGACUUCUAAUGACAGCUUAUCCCCAGGCCCCGGAAGAUUUAUCUUUCCCGUUAUUUUCUGCAUUCGGAGUUCCUCUAAUGAUAUUACUUGAAAUAUUCAUGUUUUUAUAUUUUGCCAUCGUAUACUUAGGACUUUUUCGACCAUUUAGUGAUACAGCGAAAAAACUGAAAAUGGCACCUGAGACUAUACAAGCCGCUAAAAGAGCAGUUGUAGAGGACUCUAAGAAAUUGGGAAAAAUUACAUUUUGGGAAAUCAUGGUGAUAAUUUUAUUCGGCGGCGCAAUUAUAUCGUUCUUUUGUCGAUCGCCACAACUUUUCGCAGGCUGGGGAGAUGCAAUUAUAAAUUAUCAUAAUUUGACUGACAAGAAAUUUGUCCAAGAUUCUGCAAUGGCUUCAUUUGUGAUAUUUUUGAUGUUAUUUUUGCCAUCAACGACUACUAUCUUCAAAAAUUGUACCGCGAAAUAUCAUGAAGAUCUUUCAAAGGGAAGAAUACGUUCAGUACUUCAUUGGCCCAUACUUAUAGCUGAUUUACCGUUCAGUUUUGCAUUCCUUUUGGGAGGUGGAUUUGCUUUAUCCGGAGCUGCUAACAAGUCUGGUUUUAAUACUGUAAUUGGUCAAACCCUAGCCGGGCUUUCAGGCUUACCGAACAUUCUGGUUUUAUUUAUUAUUAUUACAGUGGUUGUGUUGGUUACAAAUUUAGCAUCUAACGUUGCUGUUGCUACCGUUUUUUGCCCGAUCGCUAUGGAAUUGGCUUCGCAAUUAAAUAAAAACCCACUUUGGUAUUGCAUGGCCGCAGGCUUCAGUGCGUCUUUCUGUUUUAUGCUGCCAGUCGGGACGCCUGGAAAUUUAAUUAUUCAGAGUGCUGCAAAUAUACCAACACCAAAAAUGGUGAAGGCUGGCGUAGGUCCGACCAUCACUACAAUAAUCAUAACCUGGCUCUUAAUGAGCUUUUGGGCACCAAUUAUUUGGAGUGACCUCGAUGUGAAACCAGCGUGGGCCAAUAAUCCAGCAGCUUAGAUCUGCAGUACAAUAAAUAACAAAAGUGCCAACUAACUUAAGAUGUUUGUUUCUCGAAAAUUGUUUUUGUGCUUGAAAUAAAAAGUUGAUAAUUGUU